AAAUAUUAGCAGAAUGAACGUAUAGAGAUUAUACCAUUUCGUCGCAGACUUGUCUGAAGUCUGUGGAAGAAGAGAAGAAUUUUCUUAUUAGGAUUUCCAAAAUGGGACAUAAAGUACUCGCCGUAUUCUUCACCUUAAUCUGUGCACCAGGUCUUUAUGCAGUGUUCCUGGUUCCAUCAAAAAACCCUGUGGCUGUUGGGACCAAUGUCACUAUAAAAGUGAAUGACACUGGGAUCAUUACAGUUGGGCUCUGGUUAUUUGGACCUAGUACAUUGUACAUGUGGUACCCAGGGGGCCUUACUCAGGGAGCUAGCCUCCAAACUGGAACAGAAUUUGACAGUUCUACAUAUCAGCUCACCUUAUCGUCAGUAACUCUGAAGAAUUCUGGUCUGUAUGUAUUAGAAUCAAUGGUACCGAUCAAAACACGAGCAGAGAUUGCAUUAGAUGUUCAGGAACCUGUCAGUAAUACAACCGCAUUUGUAAGCAUGACAAACCUGGUGGAGUUUAACGACACCGUUACGCUCACGUGCUCCGCCAGCGGAACGCCACUGUGGUUUUCAUGGCACAACGGAAGCUCUACGGUCACACCGGGAGAGAGAGUCGAGCUCAGGAACGGUGGACGAGAGCUCUUCAUCAAUGGUGUAACACGCUACGACGAAGGACCAUUCAAGUGUCUUGUGAAAAACAACAUCAGCCAUGCAGAGACUAAUCAAAUGAAUCUAAACAUAAGCUAUGGGCCCGGUAACCUGGUAAUUACAGCCUCGUCAGAGAAAAUGGUAUACGUUUCUGGUUCGGACAUUUUUCUGUCAUGUUCUGCUGACUCCAAACCGACAGCUGCUUUCUACUGGAUGUACAACGGCAAUCGUCUGAAUGUCUAUGGUUCAAGUUAUAACCUCAGAAACACAACUCAGAACAUGAGGGGAGAGUACACCUGCGUUGGCAAAAAUCCAGUCACGCUCAGAUAUGCUGAAGUGACAAAAAUGAUUCAAAUAGUUGAUCCAAUAUCGGCAGUGACAGUACAUCCAGCAGGUUAUCCAGUAGAGGGCACGGCUUUUAAUCUAAGCUGUAAUGUUGUGGGGCCAGUGGACUCCAUUCAUUGGAUGAAGAAUGGCAAAUACCUGGACGAUGAUACCGAUGAUACGAUCACUUUCUUCAAUAACAACUCAAUCUUGAGCUUUUAUCAUCCCGAUCUUAGUGAUGACGGACUGUACCAGUGUGCUGCUAGUAAUGCUGUCAGCAACAUGACCAGCCAGACCUACGAUCUUAUGGUCAACUAUGGCCCAAACAACACAGAAGCCUCUGGUCCACAUAUAGCAGUAGUGGGAUCCAGCGUGACCUUCAGCUGCUCCUCUGUCUCUCGUCCUCAAAGUCAAUACAGUUGGUAUUUCAGUGGCUUAAAUGUGAAAAAUGGUUCAGUGUAUGUGACUGAACCUCUCUCGAAAACCAAUAGCGGAGAGUACACCUGCAUGGCCUUCAAUAGCAUUACAGGCAGAAGCAGCAUUGACUCAGUGACAUUAGCUGUGUAUGUUCCUGUCAGCAAUGUUACGGUGACUAGUAACAAUCAGCAACCAAUCUUCAAUCAGUCAUUCACACUAACCUGCACUGCCAAUGGAGAUGUUCAACACAUUCAGUGGAUGAAGAACGAGAAAAACCUGAACAGCGACAAUAUGAUCAAUUUCACCGAUAACCAGUCAGUUUUGUACAUCAACCCACUCACUCUAAGCGAUAAUGGGCUGUAUCAAUGUCUAGCUACUACUGCUGUCAACAACAUGACCAGUGUGACCUAUGACCUCAAGGUGUUCUAUGGUCCAUGGAACACAACCAUCUCUGGUCCACUUGUAGGAGCUGUAGGACAUAACGUGACCUUCAGCUGUUCUGCUGACUCUCACCCAACAAGUCGAUACAGUUGGUUUUUAAACAGCACAAAGUUGGGAGAGGGUCCAGAGUUAACUAAAGAUCUCUCACUGAAUAGUAGUGGACGCUACACCUGCAUGGCCUCCAAUGAAAUCACUGGCAGGAGCAGCAAUGCAUCACUGGUUUCUGUCUAAAUUUCAGAUCCAAUCAGCAAUGUGAUUGUAAAUGCAGGCAAUCAGCAGCCAGUAUUCAAUCAGUCAUUUACAUUGACCUGCACUGCCACUGGAGAUGUUGAACACAUUCAGUGGAAGAAGAACGGCAUGUUCUAUCCUCACAAUGGAAUCACUUUCUCCAAUGGCAACUCGACCUUGAGUUUCCAAAGUCUAAAUGUCAGUGAUGACGGACAUUAUCAGUGUGAAGCAAGUAACGCUGUCAGCCACAUGACUAGCCCUGCCUAUGAACUGAUGGUCAACCAUGGUCCAUGGAACACGACAGUUGUUGGCCCAAGUAUUGCAGAGACGGGGUCCAAUGUGACUUUCAACUGUUCUGCAAUCUCUCGUCCUCGUAGUCAGUAUAGUUGGUUCUAUAACAAUUCGAAGGUGGGAGAUGGUCCAGUGUAUGUGAAAGCAGAUCUCUCGCUAGCCAAUAGUGGACACUACACCUGCACAGCCUCCAAUAACAUCACAAGCAGCAGCAGCAGCGCAUCACUCGAGUUAACUGUAAUUGAGGCCAUCGUGACAGUGGACGUGACCCCCGAUCGUUCUGUUCCUCUGGCUUCCCAAAGCCUGAAGCUCACCUGUAGUGUGAAGGGACACUACAACAGACUCCAGUGGCUUAAAAACAACCAGAAUUUCCUGCCAUCAGACAGAGUUACAUUUUCAGCAGAUAACACCACUGUGACCUUCAAAGCCUUGCAGACUGCUGAUGACGGGAGAUACCAGUGCGUAGCUUCGAACGCAGUGAACCAGCACACCAGUCAACCAUACGAUCUUGCGGUCAUCUUUGGACCACAGAGUGUGCAGAUCAUUGUACGCCCUGGGAUUCCCCCCGUCCUGACAUGUCUGGCAGUGUCUCAGCCGCCAGCUGUGUAUCACUGGAUCCUCGAAAACAACACAGUAGUAGGAAAUUAUUCCUCCAUAGUACUUCCCAUAAGCUCUAUUUUGGGCAGCAAUUACACCUGUGUGGCCAAAAACCCUUUGACCAAUGUGACGGUCUACACCAGCCAAGUUGUCAAUCACCCCAACGCUGCUGUCAGUGUCCAGGCGAGUGUGAUGGUGACGGCUCUGCUCGUUCUGCUGAUCCCUGUGCUGGAUGAAUGGCUCUAAUACUGAUAUUGCUGUAAACAUGCCAUCUGUCUUUGAGGCCUGUAUGUGGAUUGAAUGAGGCUUGUGGGUACAUUUAUCACUUAAAAACAGCAAGAAAAAACCCGCACUGGCAAGAUCAUUCAGCCCAGAUUAGUUGAACUGCUUCUUAAUUUUAAAACAUAUUUAAACAUCAUGUAAAGACAAGUAUGAGCAUUUAUUAACCAAACACUCUUUUGGCAAGUGCAAAGUAAAAUAAAACAAAAAAACAUUUUAACAGUCAUACAUUUUAAUUAAUCCUACUACAUUAUUUGCCUAUAUAUUUAUUUUCUAAACACUGUAUCUUUGAUAUAUUUAUUACUAUCAUUAAUUGGACAGUAAUUUUAGACAUGAAUGCUAUACUGUAAUUAAAUCUGCUGAAAUUAAUAAAGGCUGGCUUAUUUUCUAA